AUCCACAGUACAACUCAAAGCUGGUAUUUAGCGUGUGGAAAACUUUUACACAGAAAAGAACACGCCCACCCACGGUCCGCUCCAGUCCCGGUUUACCAUCCGACCAAGAGGACCGGGGGAGGCGUGGCUUUGUUCAUUUCGCGCGAAAAUUCGUUUCUUCUUCCUGUGCAGUGUGCGCACUUCCGGAGAACGUUUGCGGACGGCGUCUGUGUGCUGGGGCUCUGCUCGUCCUCGUUUCGUGUUCGGUUGUGAGGCCAGCGGCAUGUCUCAGGCUCGGGUUACCGACUUCUACUCCCGGAAGAAGAAAGCCACUGGCGGCCCAACCAAGCCAGCAGAUCCACGCAGCGCGUUCUCGUGUUCGUCGACAGUUCAUGAAGAGUUCCUCCGCGUAAUCGACGAGGCCGCGGGGCUGGAUCAUGGCGCGGAGCAACCCCCCUCCAGCCCCCGCACCCCCAAGCGGGGCUCGGCUGACCUCGGAGCGACCGUGUCCGCCGCAGCCGCUGAGCACAGCACCGCCAAGAAGAGGCGCCAGGCGGAUCUCGGAGCACCGGUAGCCGCCGCAGGAGCAGAGAGGCCGGCGAGGCGGUCUGCCAGGAAGAAACUGGAGCUGCCCGCAGACACGGCACAGGUCCUGGAUAAAGAGGACAUCGCUGCUCUCAAGUCGCGCCUUCUGAGGAUUAAGAAGCAUGUAGAUGAGAUCCCUGCCACUGCGUCCUCAGCUUCAGCUACACCCUCUUCCUCUCCGUCUUUAGUGCCUGACAGUAGCUCCUCUGCUGUUCCUAAAACCAUCAGUUCUGCGUCUGCUGAAGCUAAGACCCUGAAGUUCACUGUAGCUCGGGCCAAAGAGCUUGCAGCUAAAGCUCAGAAGAGGAAGGAAGCAAAAGCAGUCGAGGAGCAUGAGCUGACUGAGACCCGUGCUCAGGACAGCACCGAGCAGCCAGCGUAUCAGCGCUAUCACACUCUUGCUCAAGAUGCCCCCCCAGGCCUCUCACUCCCCUACCAUUACAAGGUGCUGGCUGAGAUGUUCAGAAGCAUGGACACUGUGGUCGCCAUGUUGUACAACCGCUGUGAGACCGCAACCUUCACCAAGAUCAAACGGGGAGUUCAGGACAUGAUGCACAAGCGGUUUGAAGAGAGCCAUUUGGGUCAGAUAAAGACUGUGUUUCCUGAGGCGUACACGUUCCGGCAGGAGAAACACAUCCAAGCUUUCAACAGCAGCAUUAAGAGGGGAAACUACCAGCUGACCGUGGACCCCAUCAUCGUCCCCGAAAAUAGCGAGGCUCGACCUGUGCUGUCAGCCUCUCGUCUCCUGGAGAGAAGACGCAUCUUCCAUCACAACCUGGUUUCCAUUGUCAAACAGCACCACAAGGUUUUCCUGUCCUUGUUGGAUCCCCCGGUGUUGGUUCCAGAAGACAAACUGACCCGCUGGCAUCCUCGCUUUAAUGUGGACUCUGUGCCGACUGUCCAUACGAGCGCAUUGCCUCCGACUCCUCGCCCUGAGAAACUGGCCACAGCUCAGGAGGUGCUCGACAAGGCCCGCUCACUCAUCACACCUAAGAUGGAGAAGGCUCUGAUUGGGCUGGCUCUGAAGACAGAAGACAAAGCUGCUCACAAAGAGCCAACAUCUCAGGAGAACCCCACAGUCCCCCAAACAUCAGCUGUCCCUGCAGUCCCAAAUGCCCUGAAAGGGGUGUCCCAGUCUCUGUUGGACCGGAUUCGGGCAAAGGAGGCACAGAAGCUCCAGGCAGCCAUUACUCGUAAUAGCAACCAAGAGGAGCGCCUGUUAAUGAUGUCACGACUUGGGGAGCUGGCACGGAUUCUCCGCAGUGUGUUUGUUGCAGAGAAGAAACCGGCUUUAACGAUGGAAGUGGCGUGUAACCGGAUGGUCGCAAGCUACAGAUCUGCUCUGAGCACAGGUGAAAUGGAGAAACACAUCCAUCUGCUGGCAGAAGUGGCUGGUGAUUGGCUGACUCUUCACACAGUGAGGAAGGACUUGUACCUGAAGUUGAAUAAGAACAUGGAGCUCAGCACUGUGACGGACAAAGUGAACAGCAGACUCCGAGAGGAAGAGAGACUCUGAUCUGAGGCCUGGUGGCCUUUAAUGUGACCGCCUUGCAGUAUUUUAGCAUGUUUCAGUGGUUGUCCACAGGUUUUGGUGCGUUUGCCUUGUUUGGAUAAUACAUUGAUGGAGGCACAGCUCCAGGAGUUGAAGGUGUUCUCCUGACAUGCUUUGUCCUGAGUUGUUUGAAACAUUGAUGCAUUUUUUUUUUUUUUUUUCCUCCACACUCCACAGUGGAACACGAUGUUCUGACUUUGUUAUUAGGAUCACUUUUCUAUGCAGUAAACUCAUUUUGCAUUUUAGAUUCAGAGUCACUGUUUGAUGAGAAUGUUUAAGAAACACAGUAAAGUGCUGCAGCAGCUUU